GCGCCGAUGGUGGCCGGCCAUUCGCUGCUCUCUUGCCCCCCCUGCCGACAGGAGGGGCCCUCGCCCGGAGCACGUUGGCUCACACAAAAGGCUAGUCUUUCUUGAGGAGUCUCGCUGUGCAAACCCCCAUAAAAUUGGUUUUUAAAAAACCAAGUUUCUCUUUUGCACCAUGAUGACCCGUUUCACCCCUGAAAACCACCGUCUGAGGCUGAGUGACGGAAACAGCAUCCCGGUCAUUGGACUUGGGACCUACGCUGAUCCCAAAAAGACCCCAAAAGGCACAUGUGCCGAAGCUGUGAAAAGAGCCAUUGAUGCAGGUUACCGCCACAUUGACGGGGCUUUCGUGUAUUUUAAUGAACAUGAAGUUGGGCAGGCCAUCCGGGAGAAAAUUGCUGAAGGAACGAUCAAGCGUGAAGACAUAUUUUACUGUGGCAAAUUAUGGAACACAUGUCACCCACCAGAACUGGUGCGCCCGACACUGGAGAACACGCUAAAGAUCUUGCAGCUGGACUACGUUGAUCUUUACAUUAUUGAGUUGCCAAUGGCUUUUAAGCCUGGAGCAGUCAUUUAUCCUAGGGAUGAAAAUGGGAAAUGGCUAUACCAUGAAACCGACUUGAGUGCCACUUGGGAGGCUCUGGAAGAAUGUAAAGAUGCGGGGCUGGUAAAAUCCAUUGGUGUGUCGAACUUCAACCGUAGGCAACUGGAGAUGAUUCUGAACAAGCCAGGCCUUAAGCACAAACCUGUCAGCAACCAGGUUGAGUGCCACCCAUAUUUUACCCAACCCAAACUGUCAGAGUUUUGCAAAGAGCAUGACAUCAUCCUUGUUGGGUACAGCCCACUAGGAACAUCGAGGGAUGAAAUGUGGGUUAACCUGUCUUCCCCUCCACUACUGGAUGACCCCUUGUUGAAUGCCAUUGGAAGAAAAUACAACAAGACAGCAGCUCAGGUGGCCCUUCGCUUCAACAUCCAGCGAGGGGUGGUGGUCAUUCCAAAAAGCUUCAACUCAGAGCGCAUUAAAGAAAACUUCCAGAUCUUUGACUUUUCCCUCACUGAUAAAGAAAUGCAAGAAAUUGCGGCUUUGAAUAAAGAUAUCCGCUAUGUGACCCUGAGCAUGUGGAAAGACCAUCCUGAGUACCCAUUCAAUGAGGAAUACUGAAAAUAAGGUGGACCCAAACAUGGAUUUUCAAUCUUAGUGGUCAUGACUUGUUUAUUAUCUUUUAAUUUUGUAUCUGAUAGUAGUAAAUUGUUGCUCUUUCUGCACUUAUGUAUCCUUCCCCAAACCUCAGUCAUAUGAUCCAUAAUGUAUAUCAAAAUUAAGGCCUUUCAGAAAGGCAUUGCUCAUACUGUGUUCAAAUACAGCUAAAAUUUAAAGGUCAUGAUGUAGAUUUUGCUAGUGGAGGGUCCAAUGUUGGAAACAGGAUUUUAAAAGUAGAAAAUCUUUCACUUUCAUGGCACAAACUUGUCAGGUGUUGUUUGGGACUGACUCAUGGUGACCCCAUGAAUGAAAGCCGUCCGAAAUGCCUGUCCAGGCUGUGGCUUCCGUUAUGGAGCCCACUGAUCCCAUAUUUGGUCUUCCCUUUCUUUGGCCUUUGACUUUCCCUAGCAUGACUGUCUUUUCCCGGGAGUCAUUUCUGAUAAACUUUAAAGGUUUCUGGCUAAACUUUUGUUAAACCACAAGUACUGGAUGCAAACAUUGAUCGGGGAUGGCAGUCAUUUUAAGGAAACCUGAUUAAUGAAAUCAACAACAACAAGAAGACAGUUGUCUUCUAGAUCAGAAUGUUACCUGAUCUCAGGUGAUCUUAGGUUUCCAUGGCACCCCUGUUCUUCCUAUGCUGCUUGUACAGCCUGGCCUCCCAGGUAAACAUGGAAACCAUCUGAUUUCAAAUGUGCUAAUCAAUGCUUGUGGCAGGAAUUUCAACCCAAUAAGCUGUUAACACUACCUGGUCAUCAGAGGUGUAAAAGAAAACUCCACUUUGCUCUCAGGGUCAAUUGCCCCUUUGCUUGUGAUCAAACUUAUUCUUGAGAAUAAAAAUACAGUUUUUCUUUUC